AUGUUUCUUUCAGGUUUACGCAAUUCGGCGAGUAAAACAUCUAACCUUAAAAUCUUUUGCACUGAAGAAUUUGUCCAGGUCAAAUUUGUACAGCCCAGCGCUAAGCCUUCCAUUAUCGAAGAAAAUUCUAAAAAAAUUGAGCCAGAAUAUUCUUCAUGGCUUUAUACUUAUCUUCCGCCAAAACUCGUGCCUUAUGCUCUUCUUGCACGUUUAGAUAAACCUAUAGGAACUUGGCUUUUAUAUUUACCCUGCAGUAAGUCAUUUCCACCUCCCGAUAUUUCCACACCCAGGUAA